AUGCUGAUAGAGGAAGAACAUUUAUCACAGAAAAUGAAGAAGUCAUCUACUAGUUCAAUUGUUGGCCAGACAUCUCCAGUGAAACACAUCUUAACCCGUAUGAACAAAAUACCAACGUCUCUCACCAAACGAAAUGAAUCUUUUCGACGAAUCAUAUUUGAAGCACUAUCCGUUAUGACUGUAGCAGUUACCAAUCAUAGCGUUGAGAAAUUACGAAAAAUCGCCAUCUCAAUUUAUCAGAUUAUGUUCAUCCGAACGUAUCAAGCCCUAUGGACAACAUAUCAGAAAUCAGUUCGGGGACAAUUGAUUGAACCAUCUGUGGAACAGUUGAGUUAUGCAACUAAUUGGUCAAUCUGUCCAAAAGAGCUUAAAGAAAUGUUAACAUCGGCCAAGCUGAAGGAUCAAUCAUUCGAAUGUUCACCGAUAUCCGAUGGUGCCACCUUUGAUUCAAUACAAAAUACUGAAAUGCACCGCCAAUUACUUCAACACUACAAAGAUAUUGCUGAACAGUUAAGACUGAAAAUGUUCCAGCUUUAUCUGAAGACCGCCGAAGAAGAGGGAAACACAUGCAGGAAAGACUACGAUACGGCAGAGAAGAAAAUGUGGACGUAUCGUCGUUUGGCCUCGGAUGAUGCAAAAAUAUCUCCGAUCAUGCCUCAUCUGAUUGAACAACGUUGCACAAAAGAUCAACUCUACGCUGUGGUACAAACAACGGAUUUCGACUUAUGCCAACGGUAUCUUGCUGGUUAUGUCGAAAAUCUUAAGAAACAAUUGAGUGAAUGUCAACUACAAUUGACGAAACGGUCGGAAUCGUGUCCCAUCACACACGUAACAUUGGAUCAAAUCGAUCAUGGUCUGAAAGAAUUCGUUGAUACCCAACGAAAGUACCUAUGUAGUCGAAAUGAUGGGCACCUGGCCAAAUGGAAAGGUAGUCAUCAUUACGAAAAAUUAUAUAAAGCUCUAUCACAACAUGGUCUGACCCAAAAGCAAGCGAUUGAUUUGAAAAAUCAACGUUACAAAAUCAUUCGAGAAGUCAAGCGCGCUUGGUUAAAUCACGUUUGGCGUGCUUAUGAAAGUGAAAUACAAGAAUAUGAACAACUAUACCAGACAGAAUUCAAACACUUGGAGGCAUCCUUAUCGAAUCCUACUACGACAGACAAUAUAUCUGCUUUGCAAUCAAUCAAACAUUAUCUAGUGGAACGGACAAAUCAAUUGAGAGCAACUAUGUGUGAUGAAGUAUCGUCAUCUCGAAUCAUGCUACUUCGGAAUCAUCAGCGUGCAUCAUCAUCGCAAAAUAAGAUCGGUGUAUCGCCGCAACCUUAUCUUGAUCUCAUUUCCAAUCCAUUUGAUCAACGCGAGUGGAAUUAUCUGUGCUUGGAGGAAGCACUCGAUAUUCUUGUCGAAUUUCUUCGUGUUCAUGGAUAUACACAUGUGAAAAACAUAAGUCUUGAUAUUAUUAGACAGUUAGCUUCUGUCGCGCUCAAAGAAAAUGUAUUUGUCUAUGAUAAAAAAAUCUACAAGCAAACGACUGGUGGUGCCAUGGGAUCGUCAUUUACUUUAACUUUGGCAAAUAUUUUCAUGUGGAAAUGGCAAAAAGAACUCGUUCGCCGGCAAGAUAUGACAGGCGAAUUCUUUGGUCGUCUUCCAUUCUUGGAUGUUCUCUUAACAAAUCAAAACGGGAUACUUGCGACCUCGAUUUAUCAUAAACCAAGUGCUGAACCUUACGUUCUACCAUUCAUAUCUGAUCAUCCUCAACAUGUCGAUGCGAAUAUUGUUCAAGGAGCUUUGGCUCGAGCUGUUCGCUAUUCUUCAACCUCUGAAGCAUUUGAUCAUGAGCGACGUUAUAUUAAACUGAUGCUAUUAUACAAUGGGUAUCGAUCAACAUUUGUCGAGCAUCAGUUGCGAAAAUUCUUCUACGAGUAUACAUUACCGUCUCCAUUUCUACCUUCUAUCCAUGAUGAAGAACAGUUUUUUCGAAUGCGAGAGAUAAAACUAGGACAACCAACUACUCGUCAGUCACAAGUUGCCAUGAAUGUUGCUGUUGCCAAUAUUAACAAUGAUCAACUCGAUGAGCAACACAUCAAACUUCAUCAAAUCAACACGGCACCACCGGCAAAAGAUAAAACUUAUGAGAAAAAGUUGAUUAUUCAUUAUACCCACGAGAAACGUCUUGAAUCGUUGAAGCGAGAUAUGCAUAAAAUUUACAACGAUGUCUUCAAAAACACACCAGUCGAAGACUUGAAACUGAUCGUUGGCACACGUAAUCGACGGGAUGCUGGAAAUGAGUUGAUUCGCAAACGUCCAAGUCAACGACUGUUACAGAACAAGCCCCAGAAAAGUAAGUGAUAGCAAUCUGAGUGACGCUGUUAAAAGUUGUUCUUACCACUUUUCUUAUUGCCGUACUAGAACGCCAAAGGAACACAACCGUCGUACAUCAAACAUGAAGCAUACGGGACUGUUUGAAUACAAUCGACGCACAACUCGAUCGACACCAAUGGACAAGAAUCACAAUUCAACUUCGCCAUGAACUCACUGCGCUGUACUUCUAUGCUUUUUCUUCUAUUUUCGACUAUCAACAAUUUUCUUUCAUGUAACCCUAGUGCAUUACUGGAAAUGUCCUUCGUCUAACCUCCCUCGCCUCAAGCUAAAACAAAACAAAUCCUUCCAUUAUUCUAGAUAGCAUAAUUCACUGUUGAUCAACACGAUGUAUGAUACCAACCCAACAGGACAACCAUACGGACAAGACUGUGGACUUCCCUUCAUUCACUUCUGUAUUAUAUGUAACUGAGAGAACCGUCUCGACAAAAAGAUCAUUCCGACAUUCUGUUGCAUAAAAGAAUCCUUGGAGACAUUGCCAUCUGAUGAUUCUUUUAGCCGGGAUGAAAUCUAGAUUAUGGUAGCUGAUCUCACCCUCACCCUCAGGUGUUUUUGUCCAACUCAAAUAAACUGUUGGGGAGUUGCCAAAGCGACAUGCAGAAUCAGCUUGAAAAGCUGCAUCCAUUCAUGCAUGUUUGUUUCUUGUAUUUCGUAUUUUUAACAAGGAAUUUAGAUUUCGUGCGGUCAAACUAAUUUUUUUCG